CCCGGCCGUCCAGCGCGGCUCGGGAGGGCGAGCGGGCGAGGGCGGCGCCUCCCGCCCCGGUCUGUCGGGCCUGCGGCGGGGCGGCCUGUCCGGGCUCGGGGCGGGUUGUGCGAACGCGCCUGCGUGCAGCGGCGUGACUUCGAAGGCUCGUGAGAGGCGGACCCUGAAGAAGGGGAACGGGACGGGAUGUCGCCGGCACGUCGUGUGACGGGAACGGAGCUUUCCUGGUUUGUUAACCUGUUUGGGGCUUGGCAGAUACAGAUACCAGAAGCCAUUUGUACAUCGUCACCUACAGACAAAAUUAGCUCUUGGGCAAAGGGGGCUGAAUGGCCUGCUCUGGUCACUCCUGCGGCCACAGGAAGGUCCUAUGAAUGAAAAGGCCUUUGGAGACCCACAAGAUUCCUGAGACCGAUUCGGAGUUGUGUUACAGGGCAGAGAGAGAAUGGAGAGACGACCUUUAGCAGGUGAGGGAACUGGAAAAGGCCUUUCUGCUGCUCAGCUGGGGAGCUGUGGGGAGAUCCAGACAAGAACUGGGCAGAAGAUCCUGGAGGAGGAAACCGUCUGUUCAGAACUUCAGCCCUGGAACUGCAGGAGCGUCCAAUAUCAGGAGGCCGAGGAUCUCCAAGGACAUUGCAGCCGACUCCACUCCUUGUGUAGUCGAUGGUUGAGAGCAGAAAAACACACCAAAGCGCAGAUGCUGGACCUGGUUGUUCUGGAGCAGUUCCUGGCCCUGCUGCCCCUGCAGGUGGAGCGCUGGGUGCGGGAGUGCGGAGCGGAGACCAGCUGCCAGGCGGUGGCCCUGGCCGAGGGCUUCCUCCUGAGCCAGGCAGAGGAGCAGAAGGGGCAGGUCGGGUUGCAGUCCUUCAGUGUGGACGUCAGAGAUCCUGAGGGAAGGAGGAAUCCAUCCAAUCCCCCUCCGGAGCUGUUUUUCGGGAGGAUCUCUCAGGAAGAUCCAGGUCAGGACACCUCAGCAGGGAAGACUCAGAGAAAGUUGUCUGCUGUUUAUGGUGGAGCUGAACCAGUGAUUGAACCUCCAACUCACGAGGGUCCUGUGUCCUUCAAGGAGGUGGCUGUGUGUUUCUCCGAGGAGGAGUGGUCUCGGCUGGAUCCUCGCCAAAAAGCCCUGCAUCGGGAAGUCAUGCUGGAGAAUUAUAGGAACGUGGCCUCUCUGGCAGGUGAUGGAUGGGAGACGGAGGAUUCCGGCCAAGAGGCGGCAGCACCUUUGCCAACAGCCAGAAAGGAAGAUGCGGAAAAGAUGUUUGGAAAGCAAAGGCCUGUGGAUAACCUUUUAAAAGCGAGGCUGGGGAAAUGCUCUACUUUUCAGUCUGCAGAUAUCAGCAUCUUUUUGGCCAGAGAGGAUCACCAAGAAAAAGGAGCGUGUCCAGGGUGCGGAAAAAUACUCAGAGAUGAAUCGGGAUUAUGCGACUGUCGCAGAAGCCACGCUGUAGAAAAACAAAAUGAAAGUGGGAGAUGUUCCAGAAGGACUUUUCCUCUUACUUUAUGUGAGGGGAUACAAGAAGGAGGGAAACCGUAUAAAUGCCUGGAGUGUGGAAAAUGCUUCAGAUAUUCAGGUUAUCUUACUUCCCAUAAAAGGAUCCACACAGGGGAAAAACCAUAUGAUUGCAAGGAAUGUGGAAAGAGCUUCCAUUUUGCAACAGGCCUUACUGCCCAUCAUAGGAUUCACACUGGGGAGAAGCCAUAUGAAUGCAUAGAGUGUGGAAAGAGGUUUAGUCAAAAAUAUCAUUAUAUAGUACAUAACAGAAUCCACACCGGGGAGAAACCAUAUAAAUGCCUGAAGUGUGGAAAGACCUUCAGAGCUUCAUUCUCUCUUAUUUCCCAUAAAAGGAUCCACACAGGUGAGAAACCAUAUGAAUGCCUCAAGUGUGGAAAAAGCUUCAGUCAAAAACAUAAUUAUACUGCGCAUAACAGAAUCCACACUGGGGAGAAACCAUAUAAGUGCAUGGAGUGUGGAAGAUGCUUCACUGUGUCAAGUACGCUCACUUCCCAUAAAAGGAUCCACACUGGUAAGAAAUCAUAUAAAUGUAUGGUGCGUGGAAAGGGAUUUACUCAACAUUAGUCGCUUUAUGAACAUAGAAAAAUUCAUUCAAGAGAAGCCCAUUGAAACUGCAUAAAUGAGCUGUGUGUCAAAAAAUUUGGAGACUGCAGUCCUAAACUCUUCAUUACCAUGGAGAAAUGGAAUACAUUCUUACAUUUACUCUUCUAGCUUCCUCACUCUUGGGAUGAAGAAAAUGCCAUCCCGGUUCGAAGACACAGAUGGGCAGCCUCGGCUUUGCUGUUGCCGUGUAACUUCCUAAAUAAAGAUGAUCUUUGGGUUUUCUUUCUUUCAAGGACUAGUCUCCAGAAUUGGUUUACAAAGUGUCAGUCUCCUAACUUCAUUCUUUCUCUCUCAAAGCACUUUUUACACAUGCAGUGCGGCAGGACAGGAACACUGGCAAUGUUCCAGAGAUCCCAAAUAAUAUUCUCCACCUAAUUAUGGAGCCAUGGUUGUGUCCAGGGCUUGGGCUGAAGUCCAGCCCCAUAAGUACUUAGGA